AUGGCCGACGACUACGACCCCGCCCAGACCCCGUGGCCCGAGAAUAGCGGCUACGUCGAGCCCAACCCCGACAAUGCCCAGCCCGACACUACCCAGCAGGCCGAGUACAACGUUGGCUCCGAAAUCUCUGCCGCGGCCGAGGAGCCCGAGUAUGAUCCCGCCUCGCUGCCUCUCACGACCGACCCAGCUCCAGCUCCUCAAGCUACUUCGUUGUCCCCCCAGGUCCCAGCUGCCGAGGUGCCCCUACGCCCAUCGCCCCAGCGCGCCGCGCCCCCGAAGAAGAAGCCGCGCACUGCCGGAGGGUUCAUUGCGGAUUCGGAUUCCGAGGACGAAGCCACUGCGAAGAAUGCGCCUGCUCAGUCUGCUACCGACAAUGCCGAUGCUGCGGAAUAUGGUGCUGCCGCGAAGCCUGCUGCACUCGUGCCCGAGAGCACUACGACCACGCCUAUGCCGCCGCCUGUCCCGACCGUUGACAGGAUCGCCCAGCUAGAGGAUCGCGUACGCGAGGAUCCCCGAGGUGCCAUGGAUGCGUGGUUGGGUUUGAUCCUCGAGCAUCGCGCUAGAAACGACAUCGAGAAGGCCAGGGCGACGUAUGAGCGGUUCUUUGCCGUCUUCCCGCAGGCUGCCGACGUCUGGGUCGACUAUCUCAACAUGGAGCUCGAGCUCAACAACUUCCCCGAGGCCGAGGCCAUCUUCAACAAGUCACUCAUCUCAACGCCCAACGUCAACCUCUGGACCAAGUACCUCGACUACAUCCGCCGCCGCAACGACCUCAACGACCCGACCGGCGCCGCGCGCACGACUGUCGCCCGCGCCUACGAGUUUGUCAUCGAUAACAUCGGCCUCGACAAGGACUCGGGCAAGAUCUGGGCCGACUACAUCCAGUUCCUCAAGUUCGGCCCCGGUACCGUCGGCGGCAACCAGUGGCAGGACCAGCAGAAGAUGGACCAGCUGCGCAAGGCCUACCAGCGCGCCGUCUGCGUGCCCAUUGCUAACGUGAAUACGCUCUGGAAGGAGUACGACCAGUUCGAGAUGGGCCUUAACAAGCUCACCGGGAGGAAGUAUUUGGCCGAGAAGUCGCCUUCUUACAUGUCGGCCAAGAGCGCCAACACAGCUCUUGAGAAUAUCACCCGUGGCUUACAGCGCACGACGCUCCCUCGCCUGCCCCCCGCCCCGGGCUUUGACGGUUACGAGGAGUACAUGCAGCAGGUCGAGAUCUGGAAGAAGUGGAUCGCCUGGGAGAAGUCUGACCCUCUGGACCUCAAGGACGACAAGGACCAGCCGGGCCUGUACCACAAGCGUAUUCUCUACGUCUAUAACCAGGCACUCAUGGCACUGCGCUUCUGGCCCGAGAUGUGGGUCGACGCGGCCCAGUGGUGCUUCGACAACGACAUACGCAACAAGGACGGCAGCUCGGCCGGCCUGGAUUUCCUGACUCGUGGUAUUGAAGCCAACCCAGAGAGCGUCCUGCUCGCGCUCAAGCACGGCGAUUACAUCGAAUCGACCUACCCCGCCGAAGAGAGCGACGAGGCCAAGAUCGCGCGCGGCAAGGCGGUGCGCGCGCCCUACGACAAGGUCCUGGACACGUUGUACGGCAUCAUCAAGGGCCUGAAGGACCGCGAGAGCGCUGAGGUUGCCCGCCUGGAGGAGCAGGCUAAGGCGGCCGAGGCGGCCGCCGCGCAACAGCAGCAGAGCAAGUCUGACGAAGAGGACGAUGAUGACGAGGACCAGGCGCGCGCGGACAAUUCGCCCAAGGCUAAAGUGCAGGAGCAGAUCCGCGCGGUCAAGCAGGCGUAUGCCGCGCAGACGCAGGUGUUGUCGAGGACGAUUUCGUUUGUGUGGAUCGCGCUUAUCAGGGCGAUGCGUCGCAUUCAGGGGAAGGGCAAGCCGAAUACCGAAUUAGGAGGGAUGAGGCAGGCUUUCCAGGAUGCUAGGCACCGGGGACGAUUAACUAGUGAUGUGUAUGCGGAAGUUGCCAAGUUGGAGUGGCAUAUUUAUAAGGACCCGGCGGGCGGUAAGAUUUUUGACAGGGGCGCAAAGUUGUUCCCGGAAGAUGAGAACUUUGCGCUAGAGAAUAUCAAGUAUUUGCAUUCGAGGGAUGAUUUUACGAACGCCCGCGUCCUCUUCGAAACAGUCGUCAACCGACUCACCUCCAAACCCGAGACCGUCCACAAGGCCAAGCCCCUCUACGCCUACUUCCAUAAGUACGAGUCCCAGUACGGCGAGCUAGCCCAAAUCACCAAGCUCGAAAAGCGCAUGGCCGAGCUCUGGCCCGAUGACCCCAAACUCGCCACCUUCAGCGCGCGCUACUCAACCGAGAAGUUCGACCCCAUAGCCGCGCAGAUCAUCGUCUCUCCCUUGACUCAGCUCCGUCCCAAGAAAGCCCUCCUCCUCCAGUCCAUCGAGCAACCUUCCACGACAUCUACACAGUCCUCUCCCGCCCCGCAACAACCCCCCCUCCCUUCAGCUGCUCGUGCGAGCCCCGCCCCUACUGCUGUCCUCUCCUCAGCAGCAAAUAUCACCAACUCCCCCAAGCGUCCCCUCCCCGCCGACGACUUCGAUGACGGCGGGCCUUCAGCGUCCGGCAAUCCCCCGCGCAAGAUCCCCCGCGCAAACGACUACACCGAGUUCGUGCGCGGCGCAUCCCCCCUUAAGGGAGCCGCCGGCCGCAGGCUCGACCAACAGCGUCGCCUCGGCGGGCAGGCUGCUACCUCGGCACCGCCGAUCGCGAGGGAUAUUACCUUUUUGCUGUCGCAGAUUCCGAGGGCAGAGUUUUACGACGGGCCGAGGUUUGAUCCGCGCAGGGUGGUAGGGUUAUUGGGCGCCGUGACGGUUCCCGAGUAUGCGGUUUGGAAGCAACAGCAACAACAACAACAGCAGCAGCAGCAACAGCAGCAGCAGCAGCAACAGCAACAGCAGCAGCAACAGCAGCAACAACAGCAACAGCAGCAGGGGCAACCUAGAUAUGGCGGGGAGUGGAGGAGAGGUGAGGAGAGGAGUCAGAGUCCUUAUACUGGCUCCAGGGGCGGAGGGUACAGGCCUCCUCCUCCGACGGCUGUGGUAGGUGCUAGGCCCGGGAGUGCGGCUGGUGGGGGUGGAUAUGAGCCCCCUCCGCCGGGUGUGCCGACUGCGGCCGCAGGGAGCUUCACGUUGCCACAGCCGACGGGGUAUGGGUCUUUUGAGACGGGUGCCGCUGCGCCAAGUUGGCCGCCGGUUGCGGCUUAUCCCCCGCCGGCUGGGAUCCCUCCUCAGGGGGGGCCGCCGCCGGGGGGUUUUACUGCGGGGGCUCCUGGGGGUUAUGUGCCGCCUCCGACGGGGCAGGGAGGGAGGUACUAUUAA